AUGCCGAGCUUUAUUGAAUUUCUACAGUCUCAGCUCUUCACCGAGGUCCCAGUACCUACGAAGAAGUUUACCGGCCAAACUAUCAUUGUCACUGGAUCCAACACCGGCCUCGGUCUCGAAGCCGCACGGGGCUUCGUCUUGCUUGAAGCGGCUAAAGUCAUUCUCGCAGUACGAAGCAUACCGAAGGGCAAGGAAGCGGCAGCGCGCCUGGAAGAAUCCACGGGGACGAAAGGAGUCGUUGAAGUCUGGGAGCUGGACCUGACCUCUUACGCGAGUGUCCAGACUUUUGCCAAGCAGUCCCGCAGUCUUGAGCGCCUGGAUGUCUUGGUCAACAACGCUGGCGUAAUGAUGUACAACUUCGUGCUAGCAGAGAAGGAUGACAGCCUCAUCACAGUCAAUGCUGUGAGCCCGCUUCUACUCAGCAUGUUGCUGUUACCCAAGAUGAGGGAAACGUCCUUGAAAUACGCAAAGGAUACUGUCAUCACUUUCGUUGGAUCGCUCGGCCAUGCCAGGGUCGACUUCAUCGAGAGCAAGAGUGAAAAUAUCUUCAGAGACUUGGCUGUGGAGAAAGCCGCUCGCAUGACUGAGAGGUACAAUAUUUCCAAGGUCAUUCAGCUUCAGCUUGCUAGAGAGCUCGCGGAAAACCUCAGCAAGUCAGAGAGGUUGGGAAAUAUUGUCGUUUCAGUGGUAAACCCGGGAUUAUCUGAUACGGACGUCGCCCGAAAUCUCGGCUGGGUUCAGGGCAAGAUAGUCAAAGGUGUGCUUAGUCUGGUGGGAAGAGCACCAGAGGAAGCUGGCCGAACACUUGUCCUAGCUGCUGAAGGCGGGCCAGAAACGCAUGGACAGUACCUUGAUGACGGCAAAGUAGGCAGACCGUCCGAGUUCAUUACGAGUGGUGAAGGAAUCAAGGUUCAAAAGCAGCUGUGGAAAGAACUACUUGGGAAGUUGGACGCUAUUGCACCCGGUAUCGUAGAUUCAAUAUGA